GUGCCAAAAAAAAAAAAAAAAAAAAAGUGCUGAAGAGUCCUAGGGUGAUGAGGCUAUUUUUGUUUGAAGCUGAUACUUCUAGCUGAGCCACAAGUGCUGCUUGGAAAGGGCUUAGGUUGUUUCCAGGGGGAGAACUCUGCAGAGAAGAGGCAAAGUUCAACAGCACAACAAAGAAGCAGCAGAAACAGCCAGGAAAAGGAAGAGCCCUCACGUUUAAACACACAGCCCUCUACCAGAGUUCUCGAAUCUGAAAGUAUUCUGCAAAGUGCUACUUGACGGGAACUUUUCACCUGACUUUUACUUUCUACGACCACCAUGACUGAGAUCACUGCUGAAGGAAAUGCAUCUACAACCACGACUGUGAUAGACAGCAAAAAUGGAUCUGUGCCCAAAUCCCCUGGAAAAGUGCUGAAGAGGACAGUCACAGAAGACAUAGUGACGACAUUCAGCUCCCCUGCAGCCUGGCUUCUGGUCAUUGCUCUGAUAAUCACAUGGUCAGCUGUUGCCGUUGUUAUGUUUGAUUUAGUGGAUUACAAAAACUUUUCAGCAAGCUCUAUUGCCAAGAUUGGCUCAGAUCCUCUAAAACUUGUACACGAUGCUGUGGAGGAAACCACGGACUGGAUCUAUGGAUUCUUUUCUUUAUUGUCUGAUAUCAUCUCAUCUGAAGGUGACGAAGAAGAUGAUGAUGGAGAUGAGGACACUGAUAAAGGAGAAAUAGAGGAGCCUCCCUUGAAAAAAAAAGAAAUACACAAAGAAAAGACUGAAAAGCAGGAGAAACCUGAAAGGAAAAUACAAACUAAAGUUCCACACAGAGAAAAAGAAAAAGAAAAAGAAAAAGUAAAAGAAAAAGAAAAAGUAAAAGAAAAAGAAAAACCUGAAAAGAAAGCAACUCACAAGGAAAAAACUGAGAAAAAAGAAAAACCAGAAACAAAGACAGUGACAAAAGAACAGAAGAAAACUAAGUCUGAAGAAAAGACUAAAAAGGAAGUAAAAGGUGGGAAACAGGAGAAAGUGAAGCCAACAGCUGCAAAAGUAAAGGAAGUACAGAAACCACCAUCUAAAUCCAAGGAGAAGGAGGACAGAGAGACAGCAGCUGUGUCAAAGCAUGAACAGAAAGAUCAGUAUGCAUUCUGUCGAUAUAUGAUUGACAUGUUUGUCCGUGGGGAUUUAAAACCAGGACAAAGUCCAGCCGUACCACCUCCAUUACCAACAGAACAAGCCUCCAGACUCACUCUGGCAUCACCUACUCUUGAAGAAAAAGAAGGAGAAAAGAAGAAAGCUGAGAAGAAUGUUACUUCUGUAACAAAAAAGAAAGAAAAAGAAGAUGUCCCAAAGAAAAGUGAGAAGGAAACUGCCAUUGAUGUGAAAAAAAAAGAGCCAGGAAAAGUUCCUGAAACCAAACAAGAGACGAUAAAAGUUGCAGGACAAGCAGCAACUAAAAAGGAUGAAAAGAAGGAAGAUUCCAAGAAAACAAAAAAACCUGCAGAAGCAGAACAACCCAAGGGAAAAAAACAGGAAAAGAAAGAAAAACACGUAGAACCAGCAAAGUCACCAAAGAAGGAACAUUCAGCUCCAAGUGAAAAACAAGUAAAAGCAAAAACUGAACGAGCCAAAGAAGAAGUUGGUGCUGUCUCAACUAAAAAAGCUGCACCUGGAAAGAAGGAAGAGAAAACAACCAAGACAGUGGAGCAAGAAAUUAAAAAAGAAAAAUCUGGGAAGCCUUCUUCACCUCUGAAGGAUAAAGAGCCUAUUAAAGGGAAAGAAGAGAAGGUUCCAGCUUCUUUAAAAGAAAAAGAACCUGAAACUAGAAAAGAUGAAAAGAUGUCCAAAUCAGGCAAAGAAGUCAAGCCUAAACCUCCACAGCUGCAAGUAAAAAAAGAAGAGAAGCCAAAGCCAGAAAUUAAAAAAGAAGCAAAACCAGCUUUAUUUGAAAAAGCACAAAUACACAAACAAGACAUAGUGAAACCAGAAAAGACUGUUUCUCAUGGUAAACCAGAAGAAAAAGUUCUCAAGCAGGUAAAAGCUGUCACAAUAGAAAAAACAGUCAAGCCCAAACCAGCAAAAAAAGCUGAACAUCAAGAAAAAGAAGCUCCAUCUAUAAAAAUAGAUAAACCAAAACCAACUUCAAAGGGAGCAUCAGAAGUCACAGACUCAGGGAAAAAGAAAACUGAAAAACCUGAAAAGGAAAGUAAAGAAAAAGCAGAAGUGAAACAUCAUAAAGUAGAAAAAGUCUCGACAAGACAAGAAAGUCCUCAAUUACACAAUGUGACAAAAGCUGAAAAACCUGCAAGAGUAUCAAAAGAAGAUUUUGAAGACGUACCAGCUCCAAAGAAAGCAAAAGAAGAAACUGAAGAUGUGUCUUCCACAAAGAAGCAAAAAAGUCCCAUCAGUUUCUUCCAAUGUGUCUACUUGGAUGGGUACAAUGGCUACGGAUUUCAGUUUCCUGUCACUCCCGCACACCACCCUGGAGAGAGCUCUGGCCGUGGAAAUUCUCCAGGACAGAAACAACAAGCACAAUAGACACACAUGCAUGAUCCUUACAAGUGCUUUAAGAUUUUGAAAGUGGCAUAUUUUGUUUUGUCCACAGUGGCAUAGGCAAUUGAAAUCAUGCAAUCCAGAGAAUUUCUAUGAAAACGUUUUACACUUCAGCCUGGUAUAGAGAGAAAGUGUAGGCAAAGGGAUUGAAUGAUUAACAGACAUGUUGAAGUGUCUAAUGCUCAAGAAUCUGUUAUGUGUGUUUGUUGCUAUGGGUGGGGGUGCUUGUGUACAGAAAUUAAUUUAAAGUUUACUUAUAAUGCUCCUUUAAAUGCAUAAUUGACACAAUUACAAAGUAAAAUUCCUGGAUUCAGCUAGAUAUUCAUUUUUUUAAUGAUAACAUAGACUGCACUCUAAGUUAAAGGGUAGAGGAGCUUAUCUAAAAGGGUCUCUUUCGCUGCAUCUUCUGGGUAUCUGGACUCAAUUUACUCAAUAAGUUGAUGCUUAAUAGUUUCAUUUUACUUAUGCCUGUUUCUAUUUUAUGGCUAUGCUCUAAGAAUGGGUAACAAUCGCACCAAAGAGUGCUAUAGGUUUCUUGUGAUACUCUUUUAAAGCUCAAAAUAUCUCUGAACUUCAAAUAUGAUAUGACAGAGAAUAAAUGUUGGAGGAAUCUUAUCUCUAAGAUUUGUCUUGAAUUACAAUCAGGACAUUUACUCCAGUGGAAAUAUGCCACCCAAUUAGGCAGGCCUGGUGAAUCAUUUGUUUAAAAUAUAGGCAAAUGAUAUGUGGAAUUUUCAGACUUCUCCAGACUGUGUCCUAAUGA